AUGAUAGGGUUCUCUGGUGUUCAAUUGGUGAGCGCGGCUCUUCUUGGGCUGCUUCUGUUCCCAACGCAGGUUUUCGGGUUCUACUACUACAGCAACGGUGGGGAGCGUAGAUGUUUCCAAAAGGAGUUGACAAAGGGCACGUACAUCCAGGGGAAGUACCGUGUCUCUGUGUUUGACACUGCGCUGAACACGUACCAGGACGUGUCCCCUCAGGACUUCGGACUCACGGUCGAUAUCGAGGAGAUCUUCGACGAUAACCAGCGCGUCGUCCACCAGAAGGGUUCGCCCAUGGGUGACUUCACUUUCGUCGCGUUGGAGUCCGGGGAGCACAGGAUCUGCCUGCAACCUCAAGCCACUGGGUGGUUGAGCAAGACCAAGACUAAAGUGGAAUUGGAGUUCGAGGUCGGUUCCGACGCGAAACUCGACUCGAAGCGGAAGAAGACGAUGGAGUCCCUACAGGACAAAGUCAACAUGCUUUCCUCCAAAGUGAUGCAGAUCAAGCUUGAACAGCAGCUUAUGAGAGACCGUGAGGCCCAGUUCAGAGACUUGUCCGAAAACGUCAACUCCCGCGCCAUGUGGUGGGCGGUCAUUCAGAUCAUCGUGCUCGCUACUACUUGUGUCUGGCAGAUGAAACACCUAGGCUCUUUCUUCGUCAAGCAGAAGGUGCUAUAG